CUGUUCCGCGUGUUCUAAAGCGUGAGGCCAAAGAUGUGGUGAUCGGUUUCCGCGGAUAUUUAGGUUAAACUUAAGGUUUAGUUGGGGUCCCUUGCUUAGUUUCAUUCUUUUUCACAUCCAUUUUGUACAUUUCCUACGGAGUGUAGUCGAAGCAAUCAUGGAUUUGGAAGGCAGCGAGUUGGCGGUGCUGGAAGAGCAGCUCUACUCAUCGAUCCACCAUUCGUUUGAUGAAUCCGCGAACCAGGUGGGGGACAUGCAGUGGCCACAAUCGUUCGUCGGAGCUACCUCCACGCCGUCUAGAGUUGUCUCGAACACGUCGGUCGUGAACAAUAAUAUCCAACCGAGAGCUUCCAAAAUGAAACGGUACUGGGCACCCGGCACUCCACAGCAACCCGCACAUCCCGUACGAUCAUUCACCCGAGAUCAGCCUGAAGCGCAAACGUUCCCUAAAAGUGCUACCCACCCGAUCCAAGCGAUGGCCACAAACCCUAGGCCACAACCCGGUGCACAGCAGUCAACUAACACCGAGCACAGCACCGACGACCCGAAGCACCGAUCGUUAAUUGCCCCUUACCAGUCGCUGUUGAGCAGUUGGCAAUUGCAGAGAAAUCCCGGGAGCACCGAUAGUGUUGAAGGCAAUCCUGUCUCGAGUGCCGAACAAAGUCCCGCGACAAAGGAAAAGAAACGGAAGAAGAAACAGCCGCCGAAACACCCGGUUGAAAAGAGGCUGGCAAGUCUGGUAAGUCUAGUGGAAGGGGGUGAACAGAAGGAAGGUGCCAAGCAGCGCAUCCAGGCGAAGAAAAGUAAAGCAACGACAGUGCGGAACAGGUUAGCGGAUAAAGCUGCUUCUAAGCAACGAGUUGUUGCCGAAAUUUCGCUAGAUUCAUCGGACGAUGAAACGAGACCACCGUCACGAACUGCCAAACUGAAACCAAGCAGUGUUCCUCCGUCGGAUGACGACACGACCGAUGUUGAGCUCAUCCCGGCACCUCCACCGCCGAAAAUUUGCAUCGAUUGUAGCGAUGAUGAGGUGGCUCAGGACAGUUUCGUCUUGCCGAAAUCGAAGCGAACCAAGAAGAAAAAAGCACCGAAGAAUGCAAGCUCACCUCGCUGUCUUAGCCCGUCAAACAGCUCUAUCAUGUCGGAUGACUUUAUUGGCCAUAACGAUCGCUCUCGCUUGAACGAUAGCUUUACCGAGUCCAUUGCGAACGACGAUGAGUUAGAAACAGAAUGUUCGCUGCGGGAAUCCCUUCAAGCGAAUAGGAAAUCCAGAUCAGUCACUAAGGAGCGUAACAAGCGCGUUCCUUCAGUUUCUUCAGACGGUACCAUUGGCACAGCUAGUGAUGUAACUGAUCAGGAUAAGCGUGCUAAUGAAGAAAUAAGCGGCGGUAAGACACCGAAAAAAAAUGUUCUACCUACACCUGGUUCUGCAACCGAUCAAGCAGACGAAACAUCAGGAGGAAACGCACAGCUGGGCAAACCUUCACAAAAUGGCCAGGAAACGGUCUUAAAAACUAAAGGCAAACCGAAGAAAAAUGCUGCUGUCAGUACGAUGGUUCGCUCAAAAUCUCACUCUCCAGCAUCACAUGGGACAGUCGGUGAGGAUCAAAUGAUAGAGGAACAGAAUGCCACGGUGAAUGCUGUUACCGCAGAACAACAUCCCGUUCCGAAAGGGAAAACAAAAUCUAAAAAUAAAACAAAACAAUCCCUUUCGGUGGAAGGAACCGAAACAGGGGCAAUGUGCAGUAAGGCAGGAAAGGCUACUCCAAAGCGAUCCCUGCGCUCAAAGCAUGACACGGAAUCGGAAAGCAUGUAUAAUGAGAUUUCUAAAAUCGGUAACAAGUCGAAAAAAGACACUGUGUGCUACGAUGAUAGCAGUAUUUCAUCGGAGAGCGAUUACAACAUUACUUUGAUUAGCAAUAAAUCAUCAGCAAAUCCAACGGAAUCAAGAAAAGGUGGUUCUGGAAAUGAAGCAGCCACCAGUUCCACGGUUCUCGAUCGCAUGGAAGACGUUUCCUCCGAGAGUGACAUUGAAGAAUUUCUGCAACGAUCAUCCUCCAGAGGGCCUACAGUUUCAGCGAAAACCACAAGUGCAGAAUCGGCCAAGACAUCCAAAAAGAGAUCAACGGGCAAGAGAAGAAAGAAGUACAACUCUGAAAACCUUUCCGAUGAAGAGUUUGCCUGCAUGCUAACAGAUAUAGUUCAAGCUGUAUCAGACGGCGAUGACGACGACGACGAGGAUGAUCUUGAAGUCGAAGAUCAAGAUAUUCCGCAACCACCAACUCAGGCACCAGAACAAAACGCAAGUGCUAGUGUAGUGAUUGCGGCAAGCCCUCAACCUUCUCCCGAGCGGCAACAACCAGCACCGGAAGAAAAAGGAAAGAAAAAGAAGCGACGCAAAGUUGCAGCAACCUCAGACUGUGCAACGACUGUUACCUUAAGUGACACGGAUGAUGAUGUCUUGGAAAUUUCGGAUGUGCAUGAGGUAAUGGAUGAUUCGUCUUCCCCACCGAAUGCCACCCUGAUGACGGCUGGGACGAGUAGGCCGGGUUGGAACAAGGAAAUGGACCUUUUCUAUAACAGCUCAAAAACGGAGAGCCAAUUCUGUAUGCGGCGUGUAAUGGAGGAUAUGCCUCGUGAAGCGGAUCUGUGGAAAAUCAUCGAUAAGGAUCGAUAUCCGGAUCCUCCAAAGCGAGGUAAACCUUGUCACAACUGCGGAGAACAGGGCCAUAUGCGUUACAAAUGCCAAAAUGCUCCUAAACCUCUCGUCUGUCGUAUAUGCGGCAAACAGGGUCAUCAUGAACCACGCUGCCCGAUGACUAUUUGCCUAAAUUGCGGGAAUCGUACGCGUUCCUUCGUUUACGAAUGUGCCAACUGUCGGCCCAACUUGAGAAAAAAGUGUCAUAUUUGCGGUAUUGUAGGGCAUUGCGCCACCAUGUGCCCUGAUAAUUGGCGCCGAUAUCACAGCACGACCGAGGACAAUGUUCCGCUGAUACAAAAGUUCAAGCGAAACAAUAAUGCAAAGCAAUGCAGCAUUUGUGGGCGAACGAAUCACCAGGCUCACAAUUGCUACGUGCCAGCCCGCAUCUUUAGUUGCCCGAUACCAUCGGAGCUCGUUCAUUCCUACCGACCGAUCUACCCUUACGAUAUCGGUACGAGGAAGUCGUGCCCCCCAGAGGUCGGAUCACGAUCGAAACAGUCCGAUGUGCAAGCCGGGCAACAGGAGACUGAAGUAAGUUCGCGCCACUUUGAGACGAGUAGCUGUGAUUUAAAUCUCGAAGCGCUCGAAGCGAACAAUCCGAAUGGAUUCUAUCAUCGUUUUGUGGAAACCAUGGGUCUGCACAGGGAGCAACCAGCCGUCGGUGAACAGGUGAUCGUCACCGGAACAAAGGUUUCCGAAUCAGACGAGCAUCAGCAACAUCGUGGUCUAAGGGUUUUCCAGCGCAACAAAAAGCCCAAAAUCGAUGGCCAUUCUUCCAGCGUUGCUGGUCCAACUACUAGUGAUCAGCAAAAAGACACACCGUGCCAUGUAAAAGAAGAGCCUGGAACGGUGUUGGAGGGAAAAGAACCAGUCGUACCAAAGGAUAAUGAUGUUGGGCCAGUGGUAACACUUCCCGAAGCAAGCAUUACGGAAGAUUCCAACUACAGUUUCUCUGAGCUUAUGCCUGCGGACGACGAGGGGCAAGUUAGUACGGCAAAGAUUACGAUCCCAACAACUACACCUCCCCAACCACAAUCUGUAGAUGCAAACCCUCCGAAGGAUUUUGAGCUCGAUUUCAUACCGCUCAGUAGUCCUAGCGAGCAAGCGAAUUGUAAUGUGGGCCAAGUAACAUCAACAGACGAAUCCCUCGAAAACAAAUCAGUGGAACUGGCCAUUGCCAACCAGCCGACUUCAACUGCGAAAAUAUGUCUUAGCAAGGAGAACGCCAAACUGCUGCUGUCGCUUCCCGGGCAAGAGUUUCUUCAGCUAGCCAGAGUGAAACAUGAAGUGACGCUAAUGAUUACUUUCGAAUUGGUAGGCAACGUACUUCACGUAGGUGGUUCGGCAGCCCAACAGGAUGCCUUCCGUGCGGAGUUUGUGCAAUUCCUAAAGGAUCAAGAGCUUUCGGCAUACAACAAAAAGAUAAUCAGCAUAACUUGUGUACCGAAAAACUCCAGGAAAGCGGUCCGGCACAUAACUGAUUUUUUCGAGCAACUGCUGAAACCAUUCGGUGACGUCAGUUUCAUUUUCAAACGCUAUAUAAACGCCGUGAAAAACGGGCGCUUUCCAUUGCAGAUGCUCGAAAGGGCACGCAAAACGUUAAAUUUGGUCCUGUUCGGUGUGUAUGGCAUGCGAGAGGGUCGAUCGCGGAUGAAUCAGCUGAUCAAGCAAGUGGCAGAGCUCAAGAAGAAUCAACCAAAGCAGGAGCUCGAUCCUAGUUUGCGCCAAUCGAUCAAUGAACACAUAGUCUAUAUCUUUAGCCCGUAUGAUCACGGCGAUUACAAACAAAUCUUCGUCGAGUUUGAACGCCUCGAUAAAUUACACCAGCUGAAGAAAAUUACCUAUGUAGAACUAGGAUUGCCGCAUCCAAUCUUCUCAAACAUUUCCCUUUACCCUAUGGUGAAAGACGAAGAAGCUGAUACCACAGACAAUGAUGAAUUCGCUUCGCAGUUCGUAGAAAUCGUAAACCCGCAGAAAACGAGGGAAUACAACGAAAACCUCAUGAAACGCCACAAAGUACCGGUGCUCGCGAAUAAGCUUGCCCUUCGUAUUACCAUUCAUUUCAAGAAGCUGAUAAAGUGUUUCGAUAGUGUGAAGAAUAUGUUCCUUCACUAUAUACGUUUACAGCAGGAAGUAAUACAAUCGAAAGAAGUAGAAGCCGCGCGUACGAGGCUGAACAUGGUCUUAUUUGGUGUGUACGGUAUGCGUGAAGGUCGAAAGCGCAUGAGUCAGUUGAUCCAAGCAGCGGGCACAUACAAAAAUUCGACUGAAUAUAUUGAGCCAAGUUCACUAAAAACCAUAAAUGAAAAUUUGGCCUAUAUCUUUAGUUCGUACGAUCAUGGCAACUACACCAAGAUCAUGGCCGAGUAUCAGCAGUUAAGAAAGCAGCAACAGUUGACCAAGAUUACCGCUAAGGAGAUGGGUUUAAAGGGUCGCAUUGCCUUGACAACACCACAUCACUGCUUUCCGACGACGAACACCAAUAAGGCAGAUGAUUUCGAUGGAAUGGAGGGAAACAAUCAGAAGGAAGAAGAGGACAACGAUGACGACAAUGAAGACGAUGACGACGAUGAUGGCGAAGACGACGAAGACAAGGAAGAAGUAGAAAAGCAGCAAGAACGGCAGCAGCCUAGCAAUCCGAAUGGCGACCACGAUCCUACAGAAGAGCCUCUCAUUUUGAACACGUUCGAUCAAAUGAUUGAUCCUCAGAGGCUGGAGUGGUUGGAUCGAGCUUCUCGCUGCCAUGGUGACCAAGAAGAUUAUCAAAUGGCACUACAACUGCCUCAACUGGUCGAGAAUCUUCUUUUCUCGAAUUGUUCCAUUGCUCCAGCGCAGCGUCAGCAACAGCAGCAUUAUCAGCACCAGACCCAGCCUCAGCCCCGGAAUUUUCAGCCAAACCGUUUUCCAUCCAUGAGGGCAGCCAGCAACAGAGCUGAUGGCAGUCGUCGUGGUGGAUAUCAUCAUCGUGACGAUCGUCAGCGUUCAAUUGCGUUCACACAACCAAACUCACAACAUUCGUCGCCCAAAUGGAGGCAAAUAAUGGCAGACCAGGAAGAGAAAAUACUCCGCUGCCUUCGUCUGGCUCACUGCAACAAAAGAAUGAGGCACCUGACCGAUCGGAUUGAUUAUAUUAGUAAAAAAGCAAACAAGGGUCCUCUGCGUCCGAUUGACCGGGAGGAACUCGAUCAAGUACUCCACAUUUUGUCCAACAAAAGGCAGCCAACACAAGCGACCAACCGGGGACGUCGAUUUAAUGCGCACCGCACACCAAAUUACCGCCAUUCUUUCUAGCGAAGAUUGAAAUGUUCACGGCAGGGAGCGUAAUGU